AUGACCACCUCCUGCAGGAUGGACCUCUACAAGUUCCCCUUCGACACCCAGCGAUGCACCAUCACACUCAUAUCAUUCAUCUACCCCAUUGAGGAGCUGAGGCUGAUGUCGCCCUACAACUCCUCCACGGUGACGGAGAACUCCCGCAAGAUGUUCCAGUCCAUGGGGGAGUGGGAGCUGAUCAACGUGGACAUCAGCAGUGUCAACCUCACCAUCGGACGCUUCGUCUGGGAUCGGCUGAUCUACACGGUCAGCAUGGGCAGGAGGCCCCUCCUCUACGUGGUGAACUUCCUGCUCCCCGUGCUCUACUUCCUGCUGCUAGACUUGGCCUCCUUCUUCAUCAGCGAGCGCGGCGGCGAGAAGCUGAGCUUCAAGGUCACCGUGCUGCUGGCCAUCUCCGUGUUGCUGCUCAUCCUGCACGACAUGCUGCCCUCCACUGACCAGCACAUCCCCCUGAUUGGGAUCUACUGUCUGGGGAUCUUCUCGUUUGUGGCGCUGAGUCUGCUGGAGACCAUCUUUGUCAGUUUCCUCCUGAGGACGGGAUCUCGGAGGGCCAGGACAGCCACGAACCCUGCUGUGACCUCAGCUUUGACCUCAGUAGUGACCUCCGCCCCAGAAGGGUCACCUGACAGCGAGCAAGAGGGUAAAUGCAGGCUGGCCAGGGUCAUCGAUGUCAUCUACUUCCUGUCCUACCUCGUCAGCGUCACCAUUUUCCUGCUGUUGACGACGCUCAACUGGUUCUACUAG